AUGACGACAUCACCGAAUAGGAGGCUUAUCGGUCUUUCAACCAAGAUGUACUUCCCGCUCCAACGCACGCUCGACUUCAUCGCCACAGUUCAGACACAACUAGCCGCUCUUUCUCCAACAUCUUUAGAGAACAUCGACAUCUUCAUCAUCCCCGAUUUUAUCUCCAUCCAUCCCGUCAGUGAAGCCCUCAAGAACUCAGCUGUGCCAAUCCGGUUGGGUGCACAAGACUGCCACUGGGAUGACUUUGGAGCUUUUACGGGCGAGGUCAGCCCCGCUGUCCUACGCGAGACGGGCGUCUCAAUCGUCGAGGUCGGGCACGCGGAGAGAAGGAGAAUCUUUGGUGAGACCGACGAGACCGUGGCCAAGAAAGCCGCAGCGGCAAGCAGGAAUGGAAUGGCGCCUUUGAUCUGCAUCGGCGAAAAGACAAAAGGAGACUUGAGUGUCGCACUGGGAGAAUGUCAAGUCCAGAUCGACCAGUCCCUGGCAGACGUGCCUGAGUCGGCGGAAGUCAUCAUCGCGUACGAGCCAGUCUGGGCAAUUGGCGCAAGCGAACCGGCCAGCGAGGGCCACGUUAUUGAGGUAGUCAAGGGUAUCAGAGCUUUUGAUAGCGUGAAGAGGAGAACCGGCACGACUAGAGUCAUCUACGGCGGCAGUGCUGGACCGGGCUUGUUCGAGAAGCUGGGCGAGGCCGUCGACGGCCUGUUUCUUGGGCGGUUCGGCCAUGAUGUGCCAAGAUUCCUCACUACCGUAUCAGAAGUGGCUUCUUUCCAGGCUUAG